UUAGAAGCCUUAAUUAACACUCACUUUUCACCAUAUAAACCACUCAACUCCACGCUCUUCAACUUAUCCUAUCAACCCGGCCGGUCGUUUUUCCAAGCGUUUCUGUGAUCGCCGAGAAUCCGAGAAGUUCAACUGCCUACGAACCAAAGCAUCAAUGGCCGAGACUUACACAGAAAACAAAAACAAGGUGCAGGUUUUUGAUUCGGAGGAAGAUCUCGCUGUUUCACUGGCCAAAUACACGGCCGAUCUGUCGGAGAAGUUUUGUAAAGAGAAGGGUAGUUUCUCUGUCGUUUUGUCUGGUGGUUAUCUCAUCAAGUUACUCAGGAAAUUGGUGGAACCGCCGUAUAUUGAUUCAAUUGAAUGGGGGAAAUGGCUCGUUUUUUGGGUGGAUGAGAGAGUUGUUCCCAAGGAUCAUGAAGAUAGCAAUUAUAAACUAGCGUAUGAUGGUCUUCUCUCUAAGGUACCAAUUAUCCCCGAUAACGUUUAUGCUAUCAAUGAUACUUCAUCGGCGGAGGGUGCAGCUGAAGAUUAUGAGAUGCGUCUCAAACAUUUGGUCAAGAGUAAUACACUAAAUGUAUCAGCAGCUACUGGGGCGCCCAAGUUUGAUCUGAUGCUUCUGGGUAUGGGUCCAGAUGGGCAUGUGGCUUCUUUAUUUCCAGGGCAUCCUCUGCUGAACGAGAAAGAGAAAUGGGUUACCUUCAUCAAAGACUCACCAAAGCCACCUCCAGAGAGGAUCACUUUUACCUUCCCUGUAAUCAAUUCGGCUGUGUAUAACGCACUUGUGAUUUGUGGUGCUGCGGAAGCCGGUCCAGUGCAGGCUGCUUUGGGAAAUAGUCAAAAUCCGGAUAAGCUGCCCGUUCAAUUGGUUUCAGCUGAAGUUGAAUUAGCUUGGUUUUUAGACAAAGAUGCUGCUUCAAAGCUGUAAGAGGUUAGAAAAUCUAGCUAUAUGACUGGAUCCAUGUAAUGUCUGCUCUCUUUAUGUUGUGCUUUGUGGUUUGUUUGAUCGACCAAUAAGAGCUACUGGAUUUUGUAUUAUAAGUAUGGACUGACUGAUGAAGCUUUUCCUCUUCUGCUAUGGCAAGAGGAAAGAGUGAGAAUCCAAUAAAAUUUUACUUGGGAAGCUUUUCUAGUCA